AUGGAACUAACCACAUUCAUUAACGAGAGCAUUGAACAAAAGCAGAAUCGUUGGAGUAGUGUUAGUGAUUACACUAGUAAUGCAAUAUUCGAUGAGCAUAUGCGAUCAAUUGUACCACCGGCUUUUCGUAAUAGUAAAGCGAAAGUUGUCUGGCAAGAGCCAAAAUCAUUAGAAGCAAACAUCAAUGAAGCAUUGGGCAUCUGGCAAGCAACGCUUAUCAACCAGUUUUCCUUAGAACAGGAACCAUUAAGUGAAUGA